AUGACGCUCGAAACCAAGGUCACGAGUCUUGACGAGGCUAUGGACCAGCCAAGUCUAUUGCAUAGAGCCUCUAAGAAGUGCUUGCGGGUUCUCAAAAAAGCGUCAAUGAGAGAAAAGCCACGGCCCGACGACAAGUCAAGCACCAGCGGAAGAUCUUUGGCCAGCAGAUCAUCGUUCAGGUCAUCUUUCUCAACAUCAUCUCUGUUCACGACAAAAACUGUAGAGGAGGAUCAUAUGACCUUGGACCGGCCCAUCACAGAGGAGCCUAUCGAGGAAGAAGUUAGCAGCGAUGGAAAUAAGAUGAGCGAAAACCCCGUCGACGAAGAGUUAACGCAACAAGCGAGUUCGAAAGCACCGAGAAAAGAGCAUCACCAGGGCCAGUCGACCUUCUUUCGGCAGCUGCCCCCCGAAAUCCGGCAUCAGAUUUACAGACAUUUCUGGAUCUCGGCCGGGGUCGAACGGCAUGCUUUUCUACGAAACAGGAAACUUUUGUUCUCUCCCUGCAUCACAGAUCACGAGGCGCCUGAUGAGCGUCAGAUCGGGGUCGCCAAAGAUUUCGGAAAAUCUUCAUCCACAGCGGAGGUUCAGCCACAUCCGAAAUGGUUCAAAAGGAUGACAUCUCCCUGGUGUAAUCACUGGAAAUGCGAGAGGUUAUGGGAGGAUAUACGAAACGGACGCGAAGUGGACGGGAACAAGCAGCAAGCCUACAUGGCUCUUCUUCUGUCCUGUAAGCGGAUAUACAACGAAAGCAUAGAAUCCUUCAGAGAAGCCAAAACCCUAACAAUCACCGACGGUCAAACCCUCCACCGCAUCCUCCGGUGGCCCCGCCCCAAAUAUCUCCACCAAGCCCGCCGCCUCAACAUCUCCCUCCGCCACGACAGCGGCAAUUUCCUCUACCUCAACGGCGCCUCUAUGUGGCACAUACUUUCCGAGCAGGACUCGUGCGCCGCCGAGAGCAUCUACCUCUGGCUCGACGCCGAAUGCCCCGUCACGCGCCGCCUACUGCCCGAGUUCCGCGAGCUGUACAACUGCGUGCCGGCCUCCAUCGCGGCGCGGCUGACGAUUAAUUUCCCUUGCGACGCCGAGGACGGGUUCUGGGCUUGGGAGGACGGGGUGGAAGUUGAAGCACAGGAGGGCGGAGGGCAACUGAAAAGGUUGGGGCCGUUGGUGCCCGAGUUCCGGGUUGUUGCGAGGGGGAGGCAGAGGUUUAAUGAGACUUCGGCAGGGGAGUCCAAGGAGACGGGUUUUGAGGGCGAGUAA